UGCUAUACGGCAAUGCCAUCCCCAUAGAUGAUCGGGUUGCGACGUCAACGGGCCGGUCGUCCCCCACCAUGCGGGCGGCUCCCCAAUAAAUAUCUCCAUUCCCUGGUCUUCUGUUCAUGGCAGGAAAAAGUUCAUAGUCUUCUCUUCCACCAACUAAUAUUAAUUUCUGUGAAUAACUGGCAUUGUCCGCAAGAGGCUUCUCAUCCCCCCUAGCCUCUAGAGUACGAGAAGCCAGUAGCCUCAUCAAAAAGCACUAAUCCAUGGCUCCUCCCCCAGUCCCCAAACCUAUCCUCUCCGUCCUCCUCCUCCUCCUACUCUUCCUCAGCUUCCACCCACCAGCCAAAGCCCAAAAGCAGCUUACUUCCUUCUCCAUCGCUGAUUCCCCGUGGUUUCCUUCCGACAACCGCAUCCUCGUCUCCCCGAAGCGAACCUUCGCUGCCGGCUUCCGCAACUCCUCCUCCGACGGGUUCUUCUUCGCGGUGUGGGUCCAAAAGUCAUCUGACAAGACUGUCGUCUGGUCCCCGAACCCCCUCACACCGGUCGGCAGCUCAUCCUUCCUCGCCAUCUCCCCCGCCGGCGUCCUCUCCCUUAAUGACUCCUCUGGCAGGAAUCUCUGGCCGAACCCGCCCGUCGGGAAUUCCUCCAACGGCUCCUCCCAGCUAGUCCUCCGAGAUAGCGGCGAGCUGGACUUCGCCGGCAAGUGGACCAGCUUUGCCCAUCCCACCGACACCGUCCUCACCAACCAGUCCCUGCAAAAAAUAACGCUGAGGUCCGGCAGUUACCAGCUCAUAAACGCAACGAGCCUUGUCUUCAAUGGCUCCGACCAAUACUGGACGGCGGACGACGCCAUCCGCAAUCUCUCAUCCAGUGGGGAGCUGCUCAUGGACAAUGCGAACACAUACAUCGUGGAGGACAUGGGACUGCAGGUGCUCCGAAGGCUUACUCUGGACACCGACGGCAACCUCAGGGUCUAUAGCCUCGAAAGGUCCGGCCGGUGGCGCGUGGUCUGGCAGGCGACGCAAGAGCUCUGCACCAUCCAUGGCACCUGCGGGGUCAAUGCCAUCUGCCAGCCCCUUGGGUCGAACCUCACGAACUGCUCGUGCCCACCGGGAUACGAAUUCGGGAGCAAUAGCAGCUGGGACUGCCAAAGGAAAAUCCAGAGCCUUCAGCCGAGCAAAUUCUUGCGGCUGGACUAUGUGAGCUUCAGCGACCAGCCCGGCAGGGCCGGCACGGGUGAACCGCAAUCGACGCAUGUCAAUUUCGAGACCUGCAAGUCGAGAUGCCUGAGCAACUCCAGCUGCGUCGCAUUCAGCUACAAAUAUACCGGCACCCAGGAUUGCGUCCACCUUUACAACCAGCUCAUCAAUGGGUUCUGGUCUCCGUCGACGGAGCUCGCGACAUUCAUCCGGGUGUCGAGCUCUGAGAGGGACGAGUCCCAAUUCACGGCGAUGACUUCCAUGAUCGCCACGGUGUGCCCAGUCCGGGUCAGCCUUCCUGCCCCUCCCAAGGAGUCCAAGACCACCGCCAAGAACGUGGCAAUUAUUGCCACCUUGUUCACCCUUGAGCUCCUUGCCGGGAUACUGUCCUUCUGGGCCUUCCUUCGGAAGUACUCCAAGUACAGGGACAUGGCCCGGACCUUUGGAUUUGAAUUCCUGCCCGGAGGAGGGCCCAAGCGGUUCUCCUAUGCCGAGCUGAAGGCCGCCACCAAGGACUUCUCCAAUGUGAUCGGCAGCGGCGGGUACGGUGUGGUCUACAAGGGGCAGCUCCCGGACCGCCGUGUCAUCGCCGUCAAGCGCCUCAAGAACGUCGGCGGUGGCGAAGCGGAAUUCUGGGCCGAGGUCACCAUCAUUGCGAGGAUGCACCACCUGAACCUCGUCCGCAUGUGGGGCUUCUGCGCCGAGAAGGAGCAGCGGAUGCUUGUCUAUGAGUACAUCCCCAAUGGCUCCCUCGACAAAUUCCUCUUCCCGAAUGAAGAAGUAGCGUUGGGCGAGGACACGACUGAUGAGUCAAAGAAGCACCUAACCCUUCCAAGGCCUCUCCUUGAUUGGAACAUUAGAUACAGGAUUGCACUUGGAGUGGCAAGAGCGAUUGCUUACCUUCAUGAAGAGUGCCUCGAGUGGGUUCUGCACUGUGACAUCAAGCCAGAGAACAUACUGCUCGAGGACGACUUCUGCCCCAAGGUAUCAGACUUUGGCCUCUCAAAGCUGACCAACAAGAAGGACAAGGUAACCAUGUCUCGGAUCCGAGGAACCAGAGGAUACCUGGCUCCGGAGUGGGUGAUCCACAGGGAGCCGAUCACUGCGAAGGCCGAUGUCUAUAGCUUUGGCAUGGUGCUGCUGGAAAUCGUGACCGGGGUCAGGAACAGCGGAUUCCGGCGAUCUUCACUGCAAAGCGAGGACUGGUACUUCCCCAAGUGGGCAUUUGAGAAGGUGUAUGUGGAGCAGAAGGUGGAAGAUAUUCUGGACUCCCGAAUAGCGGACACUUAUGAUGAUCAAGCGCACUUCGAGUUGGUGGAACGCAUGGUGAAGACGGCGAUGUGGUGCUUGCAGGAUCGAGCAGAGAUGAGGCCUUCCAUGGGGAAGGUGGCAAAGAUGCUGGAGGGGACGGUGGAGAUCACGGAACCAGCCAAGCCAACUAUUUUCUGCGUCAGAGAGGAGUAAUUUUCCAUCAGAAUUCAUCUCUGUGUAGAAGAAAUGGAUGGAAUUCUGGAGUUCAGUGAAUGGCUAUAAAAGAGAAACUGGUUAUGCUAUAGUCUGAAUUAAGAGUUUGGAAUAAUAUCCAGAGUAUCCAGAAAACUGGGCUCUGUUAUGUAUAAUUAUAUUUCAGUAGAUUGUGUUGCAAUGCAUUUGAACUUUCGUGAAGGACUUACCUGAAAUUUUGUAGCAAUCUGCAAGCAAUUUAAAUUAAGGAAAAAGAGUUUAAACUGGGGGCAUAUUAAGUUAA